AUGGGGGACUGGAACCUGUUGGGCAGCAUCCUUGAAGAAGUGCACAUCCACUCCACCAUAGUUGGCAAAAUCUGGCUCACAAUCCUGUUCAUAUUCCGGAUGCUGGUGCUGGGUGUGGCUGCUGAAGAUGUCUGGGAUGAUGAGCAGUCCGAGUUCAUCUGCAACACAGAGCAACCUGGCUGCAACAAUAUCUGUUAUGACAAAGCCUUCCCCAUCUCUUUGAUCAGAUACUGGGUGUUGCAGAUUAUAUUUGUCUCUUCUCCAUCUCUAGUCUACAUGGGCCAUGCACUCUAUAGAUUAAGGGCUCUCGAGAAAGAGCGACAGAAGAGGAAAGCCCACCUGCGGGCUCAACUGGAAGAUCUGGAGCCAAUGCCUGAGGAACAUAGGAGAGUGGAGAGGGAGCUGCGUAAGCUGGAGGAACAGAAGAAAGUGAAUAAGGCACCCCUGAGAGGGUCUCUGCUGCGCACUUAUGUCCUACAUAUCCUGACCCGGUCGGUGGUCGAAGUGGGCUUUAUGAUAGGUCAGUAUCUUUUAUAUGGGUUUCACAUGUCCCCCCUUUACAAAUGCACUCGGCCCCCUUGCCCUAACACAGUGGAUUGCUUUGUGUCCCGACCCACAGAGAAGACCAUCUUUAUGGUUUUCAUGAACAGCAUUGCCGCAGUCUCCCUCUUCCUCAACAUCCUAGAAAUCGCCCACCUGGGCCUCAAGAAGAUCCAGAAGAGCCUCUACUGGUGGCCGCGGCCACCGGUGGGCCCCACUGAGGAGGAGACCAGCCUCUUCAACUCCAAGAAGAGCUCCAUGGUGCCGCCGGCCUGCCCGGCCUGCGACGCCUCCCCGCCGCGCCCCGCCACCGCCCCGGGGCCACCGCCGCCCGCUCCCCCCGCCGCCCUGUCUCCCGCUCCCGCGCCGGCGGGGCCGCCGGGCCGCCAGAACCGCGGAGAGCUCCGCGGCUCCCCGCCGCCCCGCCGCCGGCACAGCGCGGCCCAGCACCACGGACAGCAGCCGCCGCCCUCCUCCAGCAGCGAGGAGGCGCCGCGGGCCGCGGCGGGAGGCGGCCCCGGGGCGGCGGCGGCGGCGGGGGCGGCCCGGCGGGUGCCCCGCAAGCACAGCCGGGUGAGCGUCUGCCGCGACCUGGAGGAGGAGUGCGGCGACUCCCCGGACAGCGGGCACUGCCCGGGCACCCGCAAAUCCAGCUUCCUCUCCCGCGUCCUCAGCGGCAGCCGGGCGGGCAGCGACAGCGAGAGCGUCGCCUCCCUUGGCGGCUCCGGCCCCGGCUCCGGCUCCGGCUCCGGCUCGGAGGGGAAGCGCCGAGAGGAGGGCAGCACGCCCAGCAGCCCGCCGCCGCCCGCCGCCAUGGGACGCCGUGUGUCGAUGAGCAUGCUCCUAGAACUAUCAUCUAUCAUGAAAAAGUAAUGGCAUUCUGAGGAGAAGAAAUAAACUAAGGAAUUGAGCACAAAACACCUUCAGAAGAGAGCUGAAAAGCAGAUUAUCUGUUGCUAUGUUCCCCUCUCCCACUGCUAUAAUGCUACACUCAUAACAGAGUUUAAGAAAGCAAACGCUUUAUUCCUCAGUUUUACGCCAAUCCCAACCGUACCAUAGUCUGAUAGCUGGUGUUAAUGGGUACCUCGCUUCACAACUCAAGAUUUUUCUCACAGAUCUGGUCAGCGUGUGCUGCCACUGCAGAAAGAGCCUUGUGUCUUUGGGAGAACGUUUUGGGAUGUACAACUUGUUGUGCAUGCAAGUAGUGUUCAUAUCAGAAGCCAGCGCAAUCCAUAGACCUUCAAGGUAGUGGAAGACCCAAGGCACCUACAAGAAAGGGUUAGCUUGAUCUGAAAGCAACCUGGAAGGCUACAUGGCCUCUCAUCUCCCCAGGCUUCAGCAGCUGAUGAAUAAAAGAUGGAAAAAACCCUCAAGGAAUCUGAAGGGACAAAGAAUUUAAGAGAGAGAAAAAAAACAGCUGAAGAAUGUGCUGCUGUUUGUCAGUCUGUGCUAACGCAGUCCUCAAGCUCUGAUAGACUUUCCAUGCUAAUGUAGCCUCAUAGCUAAUAUUUUUGGCUUGAAAUUUGAAACUAAGUAAAACCGGGCAAUUUAUCUUGAGUGCAAAAUAUUUGUGCUUUUCUUCAGUUUGCUGUUCAAGAAAAUCUGCAAGGUGUCACCUCAUGGUCAUGAAAAUCUUAUUUCCCUUCACUGUCUCAUUAGUUCAUAUAGAGCAACUGAAGGACAAACAAAGCCAUUUUCUGUUUGCUAGGACAGACUUGCUCUGGAGGUCUGGAUUUCCGGGUUCUAUGUGGCCCAAGAAAACAGUCCUUCUACUCGUUUGUCUGGAAAAUAAAGCACAUUCCUCUGACUGUCCCUGA